ACAACCAAAUGUUUCUAAAUUUAUAACAGAUUUUCAUUCACAUUGUAAUCGAAAACCCUAAAAACCAAAUAAUGAUUCACUGAAAUUUUACAUUUUUCUAUCACUUUCUCCAGAAAAUGGACAAACCCCUUUACAUUCACCGCUUUCGUUACCAUUUUUCCAUCACCAAACUCCUCUUUUGGUCUUUGCUCUUUCUUUCCCUCAUUUACUUCUUCUUCUACCACCCUCCCUCUUCUUCCGACUCCUCUCGCCGCCGUCUCUGGGGCGGCGCCGACUGGGAGUACCGCGUGCUCCACUCCGCUCGCCCCCGCUCCCGCGCCGGCGGUCGUGUGGUGCUCGUCACUGGCGCCGCUGGCUUCAUCGGCACCCACGUGUCUGCCGCAUUGCGCAGACGCGGUGACGGCGUCGUUGGACUCGACAAUUUUAAUGAUUACUAUGACACGUCACUGAAACGUGGACGCGCUUCGCUUCUUGAACGCGCAGGUGUGUUUGUUGUUGAAGGUGAUAUUAAUGAUUCUUUGUUGUUGAAAAAGCUUUUUGGGUUAGUUAAAUUUAGCCACGUAAUGCACUUAGCGGCUCAGGCCGGUGUUCGUUAUGCAAUGAAGAAUCCAAGUUCUUAUGUUAACAGUAACAUUGCUGGGUUUGUUAAUGUGCUUGAAGUUUGUAAAUUUGCAAAUCCACAGCCUGCUAUUGUAUGGGCUUCUUCCAGUUCAGUUUAUGGACUAAAUACUAAAAUACCCUUUUCGGAGAAAGACCGGACUGAUCAGCCUUCGAGUUUAUAUGCUGCUAGUAAGAAGGCAGGUGAAGAAAUUGCACAUACUUAUAAUCACAUUUAUGGUUUGUCAAUUACAGGGUUGAGGUUUUUCACUGUGUAUGGUCCGUGGGGUAGGCCGGAUAUGGCUUAUUUCUUUUUCACAAGGAAUAUUUUGAAAAGAAAGAAUGUGGUGAUAUUUGAAGGUCCUGAUCAUAGUACUGUGGCUAGGGAUUUUACCUACAUUGAUGAUAUUGUGAAGGGUUGCUUGGCGGCACUGGAUACUGCAAAGAAAAGCACAGGAAGUGGUGGGAAGAAGAGGGGACCGGCGCAAUUGAGAGUGUUUAAUCUUGGGAAUACGACACCGGAGCCUGUUGGUAAGCUUGUUAGCACGUUGGAGAAGUUGUUGAAGGUGAAGGCAAAGAAGAUUGUGUUACCAAUGCCGGCAAAUGGGGAUGUGUUGUUUACUCAUGCUAAUGUUAGUUUGGCACAGAGGGAGCUUGGGUAUAAGCCCAAAACAGAUUUGCAGGCUGGGUUGAAGAAGUUUGUGAGAUGGUAUCUAGACUACUACUCACCAUCAGGCAAGAAGAGUGCUGUGUAAAUGAGUUCUUUUGUGGAUCUGUGGUAGGAUCUUAUGAAUCUUUAUUUGAUUUGAUUCCUGAUACUUGAACCACGAUAGUGAAGGUUUCAUGGUUGAUGUGCAUUCUUUGCAGGGCUUAUAUGAAUUAGAUAGAGAAACCAGAAGCAUCUCUCUCA